CCAAAGGUAAAGUGGCGGAGGCUCGAGGGGAAUCUCCAACAAAGUUUUGCACACAAAAUGUUGGAGGAAGAUGUAUGGUCUUUUGAUAAUGACGCACACGUGGAUGAUGUGUGGUUAUCAAUGGAGUCCACCAUUAACAAAGUGGCGAAGGAUAUACUAUGAGAAUCUAAAGGAUGUAUGCCACCAAAAAAGGACAUGUCUUGGUGGAAUGAUGAGGUGAAACAAGCAAUAAGGACCAAAAGGGAAUGCUAUAAGAAAUUGGGCAAAAGUCGGAGCGGCGAGAACUUAGAGGAGUACAAGGAGGCCAGAAGAAGAGCGAGGAAAGUUGUGAAGGAAGCCAGAGGAAAAGUGAACAAGGGAUUGUAUGUAAAAUUGAACUCUAAGGAAGGAGAAAAAGAUAUCUACAGACUUGCUCAGGACAUCACCGGCUCAGCCUGCCGACUUCAGGAGCUCCCUGGAUCUAUGCCGCUUCAUCCAACCAUCCAGGGUCUCUAUCAUUGGUAUCGGAGCACUAUUUCCUGGG